CCGUCUGCACAGACGUGGCAUUUUGUUUUUACCGCGUUUAGUUUCCCUUUCGUUCUUUCCGUUUAUGAUUUAAAGCCAUGUCGAAGGGCGAUAGUGAACAACAAAAUGGCUCCGGUGAAGAGUCCAAGACCAACCUCAUCAUCAACUACCUUCCCCAGAGCAUGACGCAGGAGGAAAUAAGGAGUCUCUUCUCGAGCAUCGGUGAAGUCGAAUCAUGCAAGCUCAUACGGAACAAGGGCGCGGCUUUCCCGGACGCGCUCAACCACGCUCUUCAUGGAGGAGGGCAGAGCUUAGGCUACGCCUUUGUCAACUACCACCGCCCUGAAGAUGCCGAAAAAGCCAUCGCCACCCUCAACGGCCUGCGGCUCCAGAAUAAGACAAUCAAGGUAUCGUACGCUAGGCCGAGCAGUGAGGCGAUCAAAGGUGCCAAUUUAUACGUCUCUGGUUUACCAAAGACAAUGACGCAACAGGAAUUGGAAAGACUCUUUAGUCCUUUCGGACGUAUUAUCACUUCUAGAAUACUUUGUGAGAAUUCGGGUGGGAGGCCGUUCACAGGUGGAGAACAGGGCCUCUCUAAAGGAGUUGGUUUUAUUAGAUUUGACCAGAGAGUUGAAGCUGAACGGGCUAUCCAGGAGUUGAAUGGAACGGUGCCUAAAGGAGCGUCGGAGCCAAUAACUGUGAAGUUUGCAAAUAACCCAAGCAACAACGGUAAAGCACUUCCGCCGCUGGCUGCAUAUAUUCCGGCUACGCUGCGUUUUCCUGCUCCGUUGGGCCGGUUCAGUUCAGGCAAGUCCUUACUAGCUAUUAACAAGGGUCUUCAACGUUAUAGUCCUCUGGCUGGGGAGCUUCUAGGCGGCGUGCUGCCUGGCGCUGUCGGGUCUGAGUGGUGCAUUUUUGUUUACAAUCUAGCUCCAGAAACAGAGGAGAAUGUGCUCUGGCAAUUAUUUGGACCUUUCGGUGCCGUCCAGAGUGUGAAAGUGAUUCGCGACCUGCAGACAAAUAAAUGCAAAGGCUACGGUUUCAUUACGAUGACGAACUACGACGAAGCCGUCGUCGCUAUCCAAUCUCUGAAUGGAUAUACGCUCGGCAACAGAGUGUUGCAAGUCAGUUUCAAGACGAACAAGAUCAAGACCAUCUAAGCAGUUCCGGAUACGGCCUAGCUGGACGCUAGGACGGCACUGCAGGCACGCACCCAUACAUGAAUAUACCAGGCGCCUCUCCACAGCCAGACACCAGGAACGGUUCACAACGUGUCUUCCUGACUAAGACGACCCUCGAUAGGUCAUUUUGUACGUAAUUGUAAUUGUAUCGAUUAAGCUCAUCGUAUCUCUUUGUUUGGCGUACGCCAUUUUCCUCCAGGAAUUGGGUUAAGUGUUAAGGAAAUCAAGAUGGCGGAAGUGUAUUGCGCAUGUCCGGAUGAGGUGUAAUGGCGGACGCUGAACGGAUACAAGAGAAUGCAAUAAUAAGUUAAGAUGAACGAGGCAUUUGAUGCUGGUCAACAACCAUACAUAUUUAAUAGUCAAUAACAACAAAUCAACUUAGCUUAUGAAAGGUUGUGGUUAUCGAGAAAUACAUGUGUAGUUUUCGAUUGUAUAAUUAGCAAUAAUAGCUUAACGCUAUGCUCCAUUAAAUACGUCAUAUCUUGUACAGGGCUCGGCACUUGCCGGCCGUGUUUGCCAAAUAUUGACAAAUGUUUGACGCAAUUGUCAAUAACAUUUUACAUAAUAAUUAUACUAGAUUCGGACCCCCGAAUAGCCUCGAAAGAGGCGAUAAUCAGUCUAAAAUAGUGUUAUUGUUAAAUAUUCGAAAAUAUAUUAUAUGUAUAUUUUAAUCAUAUAUUAAUUAAGGAUGAGAACUAUUCAAAAACUGUGAUAGGUUUUGAUAAAAUUUUAAAAAUAAUUGAAAGAUCUCGGGAUGGUACUAUGGCGGAGUAAUCGAGUCCUCAGAAGUCUUUUAGUGGGACAUUGACACCACGUAUUGCAAUCACGUAACAGAAACAAUGUAACUGAUAAUGCGUUGAGGCCCAUUGCACCGACCGUGGCGGAGUAGGUUAAGUACUAUGUAGUUUUUGAAAAGUUUUGCAAUGAAAUCGGAUUAAGCUGUGACAAGUGAGCGAUCGGAGUAUGAUGAGGAAAAUCGAUUCAGCUGUUGAGGGCGCGGGGUGUGAGGCGGGGCGAGGCGGGAGGUUUGCCCGGGCAGAGCUGCCCCACGGCGUGAGCGAGACGGGAGAUUGCCAGAGCAGUCACUCCUGUGACAAAUCCGUUCUACGUUCAUGGAACAAUGGUGCAUGCAAUUGCUAGUAGAGAUAUCGUGUAAAAUAAAGUCGAUAGCUUAACAUAUUAUGAUCGGUACCUGCUAUAAUAUAAAUGUAUGGAUGCGAACCUGCGUCUAUUCGAAGUAGGCUUUAAUGUCUUAGUUUAAAUGAAAAUUUGUAAAUAGAUAAUUGUCUAAAGAAAUAAUAUAAUAGAAUCGCAAUCGCGCCGACGUCGACGCCGACGCGUACAAGUACAGAUUAAUAAAUUAAAUUUCAACCCGAAAAAGACCUAAAACACAUCGAACUUGAAUAGAUACUUUAUCGUGCCGUCCUAACGACCCUACGAUUUUUGUAUAAAAUAUAUACUUAAUAUAAAAAUAUGUAAAAACAGUUUUGUAAACAUUUCAGAUAUUAACUAAUAGGUACUCAUUACAUACCAAAGAUGAAGAUGAAAAUUUACAAGUAUUUAUAUAUUUAUUAUAAAUUUAAAACGUGCAAUAACUGAUAGCCAGUAAUUUAAUAAAAUAUAUUAAACAAAUGACGAGGAGCUACGGAUUAGCUAACGUGGGCAAAGAGAGAGUUUGUUUACUGUUUAUUGUAAACUUUGUUAAACCGAACAAAACUAAACAUAAUUCCUCUUUUCGAGUAAAUUAUUCGUUUAGUUGCGUAAGAUAAUGCAUACCAUUCCAUUUUAGUCUUAAUAUGUUUUCUUAGGUGUAUUUCUAUUAUUUAGCCAAAAUUGUGAGUUACCUACAUUCGCGAAACGAAUCGUUUUUGAUUGACAUCGCGACAUUUUAAGAUUUGAUCGGAGUAGGAUAGUCAUUUAAUGACAGAUGUCAUCUGUCAAUCAAAGGCGUCGCGUUUCGUUGAUCUUUGUAGUAAUAUAAUAUAUUGAAUGUUUGAUUUCAUACCAUACACUUGCCAGAGUGAUGGUUGAUAAUAUAAUGUGUAAAGCACAAGUUUUGAGAUAAUUAUUAAUAAUAUUAUUCUAUUUUAGUGCCGUGUUUAGGUUAAUGUAGCUGUUGUGUUUUGUCUUGUUUAGACUUAACAAUAUUCAACUAUUCUAGUCAUUUCAAUUGUACUGGCGGUGUUGAAUAAAAUAUUAGCAGAAUAGUUGGGGCAAGGUUGGUCGAUAUGAUGUUGAUAAAUUAAACCUUACGAUAAUUUUUCAUACUUUUUCUUAGAUUAACUCAUUAAUUUAGUGUUCGUGCAAUUAAUUGUAUUCUGUGUAUUAUUAUUAUUAUCACAAUUAGGUGUGCAUUUAACUUAUUUGUAUGUUUAAUUCUUGCGAUUCAGUAAUUUAAUAAUUAUUUAUUUAUUAGGGAAAAUAUUUGUGGAGUUACAUAGGUAUUGGGAACACCGUUGUCUUAUGUGGAAUUUAUUUAACAUUGGAUUAUGAAAUUCGAACUUAAUUUUCAUUCGUUGGUAUUAUUUGGGGAUAUUAUCGUAUUAUGUAAAUGUUGUCUUAAAUCGAAACAAAAACACCAAACUAAUAUAAUUAACUCAUCGACUUUUUAGAUAAUAAAUAUUGAGGAAUGUAAAAAUGCAAAGUAUUUUGGAAGUCGUUAAUAUAAUCGAAUAGGUCAUGUCACUUAGACAUUAUUAGUAGAAUGUUUUGUACAUUCCCUUUUUUCGAACAUUAAUAAUAAUGAUAUUAUUAAAUUAAUUAUAGUGCUCAAUAGCAUAGAGGGCAGAAGCCUGAGUUUAGAGUAAACGCAAAAUAAGCAAUAAUAAUUGUAAAUGUGAAUUUUUAAAGCAGAUCCACAUUUUUAGGUACCUACUUACGCUACAUUAUAAUAUUUUUGUAUGUAUUUUAAAAAUAUACUGUAAUUCAUAUCUUCAUAGAUAUAAGCGGUCUACUUGCAAAACGUUCUACUAAUGAUAGCAUUGUAAAAGGUUUUUAUCUAUCUUAAUAUACGCAGAAAUGAUUGAAUUUUCAGUAAAAAAAACGAUAGAUAUAAAAACUUUAAUUACGUUCUUUUGUUUAUGGUACCUACACUUAUUAUCAGAGUAUCAUAGACAAAAUUUCGUUUUUAUGUAUAGAACACCGGGAAGUGACAAGGGAUAAACGUACCUUAACAAUAGCAUUACGGCUACUUUUUGAAUGGUGUUUUGAUGCAUUUUAUAGGAAAUUUGAAAAAAUAAUUAAAAAUAUAAACUUUAUUAUUGGCAAUCCGGAAACAAUACUGAUACGCAUAGGCUAAUUAACGUUGUGGCUGUGAAAUUAGCAAAAAUAAUAAAUACACGUGGCGAAUGUUAAAAGUAUGGUAAGAUAACGUGGAUUGUAAGAUAUAUUUUUUAAAAUAUGGUAAAAGUGCGAUGUGAGAGUCUAAGUCUUUCGCGUUGCUGGCGCGUCUUUUGACGUUAGUGACAUUGACAUCUGUCAGCCUUUAAGGUUCAGAGUCACGUUCCAUUUUACUCAGAUAUUAUCAUUUCUAUCUUUUCGUCCUGCGCAUCGCAUCAUGUUAUCACGCAUGUGAAUCGUGACCCAUAAUUCUAAACGUUUAAAUAAAUUCCGACGGCAAUGCGUGUGCUUGAAGCAAAUUGAUGUUGCGAAGAAGCGUUCACUUUCUCAAUAAUUAACGUGAUGUGUACGUGAUACAGAAUGGCCUUAUACUCGGACAUAGCACAAACGUAAACAAGUGACCGAGUGGCACGCCAUUCUUAAUAGGUAAGACACGAAAUGAAUAAAUGAAAUCUUCCAUAGGAAAUAAAUAAUUAAGUGAAAAUAUACGGGGAUGUGUUGCAAUUGAUCGUUUAUUAUCAGCGUGCUAGUCAACCGCUCAACAAAGCGCUGUAUACUUGGAUCGUCAAUUGUGAUACUUUUGCCGUUUUGUAUUCGAGACAUCGACUAAAUGUGUUACCUACUAUUACAGUUCAUUGCUAGUGAGAAAUGCACUACACCUUGUUUCAAAUGCGGGCUAUCGAAGUGAAAUUAGUAAUAUGAAUUUGCUCAUCUUCCUCGUGUAUUGGAUUUUCUGUACUUAGCUCUUAAUAUUUUUAUAAUGGAUAGCCAAAACUCUCCUUUUAACAUCAAAUUUGCGAUUAUAUUAUAUUUGGGAUUGGUCACAUUGUACAGCAUCUGUGAAGGAAGCUGAGACAAUUUAUAAUCUUUUUCUGAAACAUUUACAGCUUUGAAUGUCGAUAACUUUGACAGCUUUAAAAAGCAAUUUUUACUACAAAUUAAUAUCAGAUUUAUGCACAAAUGACAGUGUCCAAUCCCAAUAUAUUGUUGCUAACUCAUAUAGACAGUGAAAGAAGGAAUAGUAGAGUUUAAAUCGGCUCAACAAGAGAUUGCAGUAAAUACGUAAACAAUCGUCGAAGCAUCGGAUAAAACCGGAAAGUUUCGAAUUUAACAAAAUAAUUAUAAUUAAUAUCAUGUAAUAUCAAUUUCACUGUCUAUUUAUAUAGGUUAUUUUCGGUGUUGUUUCCUCUUCUGCGGCAUGGUUAUUUCCCAUUUUGUUUUCGAGUCAAACGUGGUUGAUACUUGAUGGGAACAAACCAUGUCAGCAGCGUAGUAUGUGAUACCUUAUAGUACAUACAUAACUAGUUAGGUGUAUAUCGUAUUCAUGUCAGGAACAGGAUAAAAGGUUGACUCUUGAACUAAAACUUCCAACUCGAUAAGACUAGUUUAAUAGUUAGAAAAUGCUACGUAAGAUAUAUAGAUCUGAGAGUAUUCUAUAAGUAUUUUACCAACACCAAAUUUUAUUACGACAAGCAAUGAUAUUUAUAAAAUGUCAGCCAAUUUCCUGUUUAGCUUGCUGACUAC